AAGGUAACCAGUUCCAGAGAGAGUGAAGAGGAGAACACACAAAUGAAAGCUGUUCUCAUCCAAAGCGCUGAAGAAAGCCCCGUGGCAUUUUGCUACCAGAUGAAUAACUCUUGUCCCAGGAUGGUUCAUCCUCUGGGCAUCCAGCUGGUCAUCUACCUGGCCUGUGCAGUGGGCAUGCUAAUUACCGUUCUAGGGAAUUUGUUUGUGGUAUUUGCCGUGUCCUACUUUAAAGUGCUUCACACUCCCACCAACUUCUUGCUGCUCUCUCUGGCCCUGGCUGACAUGUUGCUGGGUCUCUUAGUGCUGCCCUUAAGCACUGUUCGCUCUGUGGAGAGCUGCUGGUUCUUUGGGGACUUCCUCUGCCGUCUGCAUACCUACCUGGACACCCUCUUCUGCCUCACCUCCAUCUUCCAUCUCUGUUUCAUUUCUAUUGACCGCCACUGUGCCAUCUGUGAUCCUCUACUCUAUCCCUCCAAGUUCACGGUCAGGAUGGCCCUCAAGUACAUCUUGGCAGGGUGGGGUGUGCCAGCAGUUUACACUGCCUUCUUUCUCUAUACAGAUGUAGUAGAGAGAGGACUCAGCCAGUGGCUGGAAGAGAUGCCUUGUGUGGGCAGUUGUCAGCUUCUGUUCAAUAAGUUUUGGGGCUGGUUAAACUUCCCUGCGUUCUUUGUCCCCUGCCUCAUCAUGAUCGGCGUGUAUGUGAAGAUCUUUGUGGUUGCUACAAGGCAGGCUCAGCAGAUCAGCACCUUGAGGAAAAGCUUGGCUGGGGCUGUCAAGCGUGAGAGAAAAGCUGCCAAGACCCUGGGCAUUGCUGUGGGCAUCUACCUCCUGUGCUGGCUUCCCUUCACCAUUGACACAAUGGUGGAGAGCCUUCUGCACUUCAUCACACCACCACUGGUAUUUGACAUCUUUAUCUGGUUUGCUUACUUCAACUCAGCCUGCAACCCCAUUAUCUAUGUCUUUUCCUACCGGUGGUUCAGAAAGGCGCUGAAACUCACUCUGAGCCAGGAGAUCUUCUCACCACAGACACCCACUGUUGAUUUGUACCAGGAAUGACUCCUACUGAAGGAAGCAGGAAUUCAGUAGUGGGGCCCUGCAGGAAGAAGGAAUGGUAUUGUGGCUGGGUGCUGU